CCGAUGUGCGGACGACAGUUUUUUCGGAAGCAUGGAUCACAUCACAAAAUUUGUUGUAGCAAGAUUACCUGAGUCAUAUAAUAAAGAAAAACAAAAGAAGUUAUGAAUCAUGGUGCACGAAAUGUGUUCCGAAAUAUCACACUCAGUUGGAAAGCUUGUGUACAACAUUGGCAGGAUAGAUGAUAUUGAAGCUGGGACAAGCACGACAGAACCUAGUAAGAUGGGAACAAGCAAGCAACAUUUAAAGAAAAGAAGUAAACAAUUGGGCAGUGACAGCGAAAGCUUAUUAAGUGAAGAAGGCAGUGACAUCUUACCUUGUGAAGAAGAUUCAUACAAGUCGGACAACGAUGAUAAUGACAAAGAUGGAGAUGAAUCUGAUGAAGUAGAUGAUGAUGGAGAAAAAAGCGACAACGGUAGUGAUGGGGACUCAGACAAUGAUGAUGGUGAUGAACUGAGGAGGGAAGAUGCAGGGCGUAACCCUAACAAGCUAGAAGAACAAGGUGAGAGGGAGGAAGCACGUAGUGCUGAAAUGGAACAAGAGGAUCAAGCAACCCGUGACGGUAGUGCUAGCAAGGAUGGGGAAACACGACCAGGUGACACAGUGGCAAGUACAGUAGUGGGCAAGGGACAACAAACAGUCGAGCAAGAGGGAGAUGAUGAAGAGGAGGAUAGCGAUGAAAAGGAAGAAGAUGAAGUUAGUACAGAAGAUGACAUGGAUGAUGAAGAAGAAUAUGAUGAUGAUGUGGGAACAGGUGGUGACAAGGAAGAAUACAAGGAGGGGGAUGGGAAUGGGGAUGGCAAGGAUGAUGAGGAUAGCAAUGGAGGAAAUAGCAGUGGCCACAGUGAUGGUGGUGGGAACAUCAGGAAUGAGGAUGGAGCUGCUAAUUACUUGGACAGUGACGACGAUGAUCAAUGCACACUACAAUUUUUGCUUCAAAAGAAGGAAAGCAAACAUAAGGAGCUUGAUGACUUUGGCUCGGUUAACAUCAAAGGCAUAGUGAUGAUGGAGUAGGAAUCUUUUUCCCCACGCAUACCAUUGUAUGAAGCGAAAGAAUGCAUUGAUGAGCGACCAGCUGCAUUGGAAGCAAAGAGGCCUUUUCACAACCUAAUGAUGGGCUUAGAGUUGAAGGAACUCCCCUAAUGGACUUGACGGAAAUAUGUCCAAAACACAUGCGCAAGAGGUUGAUGAGAGAAAUGGGUGCAGAGCAUCCACCCAUCCCUUGCAGAGAGGGAAAACCAGAAGAAAUUGGGGAAAAUCAGAGAGGUAAAACCAGAGGGAAAACACAUAACUUGGGUGGAAAACCAGAAGAAAUUGCAGAGAGGGAACUACCACCCAUCCCACCGAAGAAGAAAAAGACCGUCAGCUUCAUCCUGCAGCCAACAGUAGUGAAAGCAACAGCAGAGGAUCUACAAGAAAGGCAUUCAAAAAAUGCACAACAAGUGCAUGUUCCCAAGGAAAGGCGGUCAGCUAUUAAGAAAUCUGGGCAAAUACAACAUCAAAGCCUGGCAACUGCUGUAUAGAAAGAGGAAAAUUGUGCUACUUUGAAGCCCCAGGUGGAAGUAAAUAAAACAUCAAGCACUACAAGAGCACCAAAAGGAUUCCAAAGUGAGAAUGUUGCACCAACUAUCACACAAAGUCUCGCAACUCAGGCCAAGGAGGAAGCAAGUUGCAAAAAACUCCAUGCAAAUCUUUCAAUCAAACAAGCACCAGUUAGAGUGUCU